AUGUUUAGGAUUUUAGGGUUUAUCGCCGGCAUGGGAAAGAGGCAGAAGAAAGUAGCCUCCAGCCCAAGCAACUCACCAAGAGAAAUAUCCAUGGAGAUUAUCCUCCCAAUUGAUCUCUUAAUUGAAAUAUUCUCAAGAUUGUCACUGGAAGACGUUGCCAGGUCUCGUUGCGUGUCGAAGCUUUGGUCUUCCAUACUGCGUCGUCGAGAGUUCACCCAAUUGUUUUUAAAAAUGUCAUCGGUUCAUCCGCGUAUCGUUUUCACCUUCCUAUGCAAUGGUAAGCGGAUCUUUUACUCCAUACCUCAGGAUCUUGAUCCACACCGCAACUACUCUUCUCCUGUAUCUCCGUAUUACCAUAUGCAUUUCCCUAGAGGUUUGGGUUCUGGCAAAGAUAUGUGUCCCUCUUUAUUUGGUUUGAUCUGUAACAAAUCUAAGAAGCCGAUGGUCUGUAACCCUAGCACAGGAGAGUACAUAUCUUUACCCGUAGUGACAACCAAGAAGAAUCAAAUGAAACCAUAUCUCGGGUAUGAUCCUAUCGACAAAAUCUUCAAAGUAUUAUCCGUAUCUGAAGAUGAUUAUGUGUGUCGAGUUUCAACAUUAGGAACAUGAGUAGUGACCUGGAGAAGGGUCGAAUGUUCGAUACCUCAUCACCCUUUAUAUACUGAGAUAUGCAUCAAUGGGGUAUUGUAUUAUUUAGCUAAGCGCAUGGAUGAUGGAACUCCAAGCCAUUUGGUAGCAUGUUUUGAUGUUAGAUUGGAGAGUUUUAAGUUUGUAGUGGUUGGGUUACUGAGUUUGUGUUCAGUUCUCAUAAACUACAAAGGUAAGUUGGGGAUAUUGUUACCAAAUUCACGCAGUGUUAAUAAACGCAUGAAAAGUAUUGAGCUUCGGGUUCUAGAGGAUGCUGAUGAAGUCAAAUGGUCCAAGACUAUCUACACAUUGCCAUACUAUUGGAAGAAUCUAGCUAGAGGUAACCAAAUAGAAAUUGUCGGGAUGACGAGUGCAGGUGAAAUUUUGUUGUCGACAUACCAUCCACAGAAGCCUUUCUACAUGUUCUACUACAAUACAUUGAAAAAUAGUGUGGAAGAGUAAAUCGAAUUUGGAAUUGUAGCUUUGAGGUAUAGGUAUGACUGCUCACAUAGUAUGACGUUGAUAAACCAUGUAGAGAAUGUAAACCUUAUGGAUUAG